AUGCGUCUUCUCCCCGAGCCCAGCGCGCAGUCUUUGCGGCUCAUCUUUCUGCUAAUAUUCGUGAUGGGGGUGGCACCGUCCCCAGCUUUAACUGCGGGUUGUCCUGACCGUUGCGUGUGCGACGACCAGUUAGUCGUUCAGUGUGCCGGGCAGCAACUGACCGACUUUCCCGCCGACCUCCCGCUAGCCACCCGGCAGCUCAUAAUCUCAAACAACCGUAUCGGUGAGCUACCGGCGCUGCAGCUCAACUACCUGUCCGACUUAGUGUACCUGGACUGCAGCAACAACUCUCUCACGGAGAUAUCGGAGUCAACAUUUGGAAACCUCCGGAAGCUUGCCUACCUAGAUCUGUCCUUCAACAUUUUAGCCCAAAUAGAUGACCGGACGUUCGGCCCGUUGGCCAGCCUGGUGAUGCUGAGAAUGACGGACAAUCCCGGUCUCUCAGAGAUUCACCCUGAUGCUUUCUCGGAGAACGCUGCACUCCAGGUGCUGGAUGUCAGCCGGAACAACCUAACAACGCUUAAUAUCAGCACCCUUAUUGCCUUGCCCGCCCUUCGAUCCCUUGGUCUGAGCGGGAACCCCUGGCGCUGUGACUGCGACACCGAGGACCUCUGUCUUUGGGUGCAAAUCGAAGGAUUCAAGUUUCAAGAUGAAGGGCAGACUGUGUGCCGGGGGCCUCCAGACAUGACGGGGCAGAGGCUAGCUGAGGUGGGCAUGCAGCUUCGGGCCGAGUGCCACCAGGGCCUGGGCUACUGGGACUACCUCUUCUUCAUCGCCAUCGGCUUCGUCAUCUUCUCGGCCGGCACGGUGUCCGCCUGGGUGAUGGGCGUGCUGAUGGUGCUGUACGAACGCUACAGCAAGAAGAAGAGCGAGCAGCUGGACAGUGAUGACGAGGCGGACAGAGGCGGGACAGGGACUAACCAGGGCAACGGGGACCUGAAGAAGCCCAGCAUGCAGGUGUGA